UUUCCCUUUCCCCGCCCUUCCAUCCCCUACCAUUCGUACUCAACAUCUCGCUAGCCAUGGACGCCAUCGACGUUAAUUGGUGCUUGUACUGUGAAUGCCAUACCGAGGGUGGUGCUGCCUACUGUUCUCGGGAGUGCCUCAGUGCACACAACUCCUCUACUUCCUCUAUCUACGCUCAGCCUAUCCACCACUCGCACGCUCCUCAUCACCAUUACCGCACGACUGCACCUCAAUACAUCUCGGAGGCCGAGGAUGAUGAGCUUGAAGAGGAGCACGACGACGAUGACGCCAUUUUACAGUACCGCAAGGCUCACCUUCCUCCAUCCAAGGGUGAUUGGAUAGGCAGAGGUCUUUCAGGCAUCCAAGACUGGGCAAAGGACGUUGAGCCUGGCUUACCUGCUGAGCCUGAACCCAAGCCUCGUUCCAUUACCAGCGGUUUUCGUCCUCCAAAGAUCUUGCAUUCAUACCGACGACCUCUUCCCCCAACACUGUGCACAACCAAGACCGAGCCUGCCCCUCCACAACCGUCACGACCUAUUUUCACACCGCAGCAGUCACUUCCCUCCGCAUCCAGUCGUUCCGCUACCAACGCUUCUCUCACGUCCCUCACCACAGGCAUCUCUACCUCUAUCGCUACACCUGCUUCUGAGGACCCCGAAGAUCCCCCGUCUGCGGAGACUCACAGACCGAAUUUCAUCGGCACCCUCACUGCACACCUUCGUCCAUGGGCAACUUCGACUUCGAAAGACCCCAAGUCGACCAUUCGGUCCAAGACCGUCACCCGACGACGAGAACCUACCAUCGUGACUGUGGAUUCACGACCGCUACCAAUGGCUCAAGCAAGACGUCACCGAGCGUAUUCGCCGGUAUCUUUGUUCCCUGUUGACUUUCAUCCGCCCAACGAGAAGGUACGGGUGCAUCCGUUGAGGGAGAAGGUUGAGCAAUCGGCUUCACGACCAUCAGCAGAGGAGCAUGCGGCAUACCGGGCGCGAGGACGAAAAUUGGCACGCAUCGUUUCAUGAUUCUCGACACCGAUGCACACAUCCCAUCCCAUCUGACCAUAUGAGCUGCCGACUAUCACCAUCGUUUAUCUGUCGCCUUGUCUUCUAUCCUCUCUCAUCGCUCAAUAGAUGCUUUCGUUCGCCUCCUGCAUUCUGCCUUUCGUCGUCCACUUUCUUCGUUUAGCCCGAUAUCGAUACCGCCUACUGGAAUUCAAUCCAAAUUGCAUUG